CUCCGGCUACCGCAGUGGCAUCGAACGGUAACGCAUGCUUCAGAGAUCAGGAACGCGCUCGGCCAAGUGCCAAAGCUUCUCGUGCGUCCCCCUCGGUCUCUGACUCUGCCUCAGUAAGGCGUAGGGUUCUCCAAGGCAAAGUUACGAGCCAAGCCCGCGCAACCCGCAAGGCCGCGUCGAUCACCGCGGACGCUUCCCCGGAGCCACUUGUACCAGAAGUUAAGAAACUGCGCAAGCGCAAGGACCGAUCACCGACAUAUGUAAACGAGGCCAAAACGCAGAAGCUUGGCCAGUGCACGCGAGACAAGAUGUCAGCGGCUGCGACUCUGGUUUCGACAAGAGCUGGUUUUUCUUGUGAAGUAGCGAAGGAUAGCACACGUGACGAGAACACAGGCACCCAAACCAGCACGAGCCUUGACAACAUCGGACCAUCACAGUCCUUUCCGCCACAGCGAGUGUCGACAGGCGUGGAGCCGUUUUCUGCAUCUGUUUGCCGCGCACUACCGUCGGCUGUGAUGGGAGGAGGUCGUCCACAGGCUCCUCGAUGCUCGGCUCAGCAGCCGACGACAAGGGCUGUCCCGAACUUGACUGCAAGAAAGAAGGCUCCAACUGCAUCGCCGUCAAAGACGACGGCAGCAAGUGCGGGCGCUGCUCCUGCAACGGCAAGAAGGAAAGCAACAGUUCAGAUUCCAAGCCCGAAGGCGAGUCGGGGAGUAAAGUUUCCGGCGAGGAUACCAGGAACACAAGCACCGCGGCUACAGUUGCCGCGGACGCGAGUUCGAACAAGCCGGAGGCUGGUUCCAAACCGGACGACAAAUCUCAGUCCAAACCUGACGCAGCUUCUCAGAGCAACGAAGGCUCAGGCAGUGGCGUUGCAGCUAGCAGAGAUCGCAAUUCUUGCGCCAACUGCCCGGAGCACUGCAUGGUAACCAUGUUUAAAGGCAAGUGCACCGGCUGCGUUUCAGUGGACGACGUCAACGCAGAGUGCCACUGACCGGAUGAUAAGUUUCGAUUCGUGCUGUCACAAUCCAACUUGCUUUGGGGAUUGCCGACUCUCAUGUGUGUAUAUUCUUUCUCAUGCGCGGUGAACAGCGACAAAUAAACACGGUUCAAAUAA